AUGUAUUUGAAAAUUAUCGUCAUAAAUUUGCUUCUCUACGGCUGCGUGGUGCUGGAGUUGUCGAAUUCCAGAAAAUUUAAAGCUGUGCGAGACCGUCUAAAUCGUAUCAGAAAAAGAGGAAGUGGAUUGUUGAAACUAGUUGGAGGCAAACAUGACUGUGAAGGAAACGUGGAAAUUCUUUACAACGACACCUGGUGUUCGAUUCGUGACGAUAUGUGGAGUUCUGAAGACGCUGCAGUUGUUUGCCAGCAAAUCGGAUGUUCCGCAAGCGAGUCAAUGGCUACUAAAAGAAAUUAUUUUGGUGUUCCUAAAAGGAAAAUUUGGUUGGAAAGCGUUAACUGUUUGGGAACCGAGCAAAACAUUUUAAAAUGUAAAUUGGGCAAUUUGGAACGAUAUGAUGAUGGUUCUUCUGGGGCUGGUGUAAUUUGUCACGGCGACGGCUAUUUUAAAAAGAAUAACCAUGAGGUAAAUCAAAAAUGGAAAAGGAUUCCAAAAGAUAUCCAAGUACGAAUUCAGGGUGGGAGAACUUUAAACGAGGGAAGAGUUGAAUUAAAAAGAGAUACUGGGCAGUGGGAAGUGAUUUGUGGCAAUGACUGGUCCAAUAAAGAAGCAUUAGUUAUUUGUAAAACUUUAAAUUUAGGGUAUGCAAAAGAUGCUAUUAGGACAUUGUACUUUGGAGGGAAUCUCGCAAGUAGUAGUUGGUCUUCAAUUAGGUGUCUGGGGAACGAGUCUUCAUUGGAUAAAUGUUUUUAUAAUCUAGCUGCUACAGAAGUUAGUAAAUGUCACGAUAUUGCGGGUGUAAUAUGUGGUGAAGAUGUACCGGAUCUUAUCAUUGAUCACAACGAAAUCAGUCGGACGGCACAUCUCGAAGACAAGCAAAUGUUUUUUCUACAGUGUGCAAUGGAAGAAAACUGCGUCGCUUCUUCGGCAUAUGAAGUCCAAAGGGAGAAUCCAGAUUGGCACUUUGAGACAAGAAGACUGUUAAGGUUUACAGCCAAGAUCUUCAAUGCCGGUUCAGCAGAUUUCCGACCAGCAUUACCUAAACAUUUAUGGGAAUGGCAUAUGUGUCACAUGCACUAUCACAGUAUGGAAGUAUUCGCAAAAUUUGAUAUUCUUGAUCGAUUGGGUGAAAAAGUGGCCGAAGGUCAUAAAGCAUCAUUCUGUUUGGAAGACAACCAAUGUCUACCCGGUAUUGUUCCAAGAUACGCGUGUGCAAACUACGGUGACCAAGGAAUCUCAGUCAAUUGUUCAGAUAUAUAUAAAUAUAGCGUGGAUUGUCAAUGGAUUGAUGUCACUGAUUUGGAACCUGGACACUACAUUCUAAAAGUUAUAGUUAACCCAGCAUUUAAAGUUGCGGAAAUGAAAUACGACAAUAACGCGGCAGUAUGCGAUUUUACUUAUGGAGAGACUUAUGGGAUGGUUACUAACUGCGUUGUUCAACAUGUUUAGGUUCAAAACCUGUGGUAACUUCGAGUUUAAUAUCUUAAUCCUUUCUGUUUGUGUCAUUAGUGUGUGAAGAAUAAUAAAUAAUAAACUAUAAGUAAAAUAAUAAUAAAGAAAGUAAAGCAGGACACCAUGCACGAAAUGAUGGCCGCUGGGAAAGACUUCGAGAGUGCUGUCCGUGCUACCAUACUGCCGCGCUUUCACAGAUUAUAAUUAUUUCGUUUGAAGCUUUCAUGUGGUGGAAUUGAAUAAGUAAGAAAUAAAUAUUACGCUGUUGAUUUUUGCCAAUGGGGUUUUAAUUAAAUCCUGUAGGUUUCUGUUCC